CUUCGAUUCCCCCAUUAAUUCCACCUCCUCCAAUCCGACUCCAGCAGCACCAGCCUCUCUCCUCUCACUUCUCAGCAGCUAAGCUACCAGCCAUUCUUCUGAUCGAUCAGCCAGCUACUUCUACCUGCAGUGAGUGAUAUAUCGAUCCAUGGAGGGCGACUCCUCCAGGCAGGGAGGCGGCGGCGACCUCACCAAGUACCGCGGCGUGCGCCGGCGACCCUGGGGCAAGUUCGCCGCCGAGAUCCGCGACUCCAGCCGCCACGGCGUCCGCGUCUGGCUAGGAACCUUCGACACCGCCGAGGAGGCUGCCAGGGCAUACGACCGAGCCGCCUACUCCAUGCGCGGCGCCAACGCCGUCCUCAACUUCCCUGAACACGAGCACGUGUACGCCCGCGGCUCUUCCUCUUCUUCCUCCUUGAGGCCGCCGCCGCCACAGCAGCCCGGUGGCGGCAGGGACGUCAUCGAGUUCGAGUACCUCGACGACGAGGUGCUGCAGGAGAUGCUCAGGAACCACGACGAAUCGCCCGCACGAAACAAGUAG